AUGGCUCACAUCGCCAAAUCUUUCUACGACCUCAGUGCUACCAGCCUGGAAGGGGAGAAGAUAGAUUUCAACACUUUUCGAGGACGAGCAGUACUCAUCGAGAAUGUGGCCUCGCUCUGAGGCACGACCACCCGGGACUACACCCAGCUCAAUGAGCUGCAGUGCCGCUUCCCGAGGCGCCUUGUAAUACUUGGCUUCCCCUGCAACCAGUUCGGGCAUCAGGAAAACUGUCAGAAUGAAGAGAUCCUGAACAGUCUCAAGUACGUCCGCCCUGGAGGUGGCUUCCAGCCCAACUUUAUCCUUGUCCAGAAGUGUGAAGUGAAUGGGCAGAAUGAGCAUCCUGUCUUUGCCUACCUGAAGGAUAAACUCCCCUACCCUGAUGACGACCCAUUCUCCCUCAUGACAGACCCCAAGCUCAUCAUCUGGAGUCCUGUACGUCGCUCAGAUGUUUCUUGGAACUUUGAGAAGUUCCUAGUGGGCCCUGAGGGUGAACCCUUUCGCCGAUAUAGCCGAUCUUUCCCCACCAUCAAUAUCGAACCAGACAUCAGGCGUCUCCUCAAAGUUGCCAUAUAGAUGAGCCGUUCAGCAUACAUCCUCAUCUCCCCUACUGCAGUCGCAGAGUUCUCUUUUCCAGGGUCUAGCGUCCCUCCCAAGGCCUGCUGGACGCAAGAGAUGCCCAAGAUCAAUACCAUUCUUUGAACAUUCUUUCC